AUGGGGGAACAGGCUCGGCUGCUGAAUAUGCAUGUUAACCACCAGAUCCAAGUUAUGAAAAGACCAGUGGACCAGACGGGGGUCGUUUAUCUGGUCACCACAGAAGAAAAAAGGUUACUGCUAAAUGACCCAGAUGUACUUGUUAAUCGAUUGAAUCGACUUGAAAGUGUCCUGGCGGUACUUAAUAGUACAGUGCAGCAGCUAUCAACUGAGAACAAACAACAGUCAAUAACUAUUCAGCAACAGCAAAUUUCAAACCAGCAACAGGAACAUACAAUAAGACAGUUACAGGAUACUAUUAGAAACUAUCAACAUUUUGGAACAACUUAUAUUAGAUGGGGACGAAAGCAGUGUCCAAAUAAUAACACAGAAUUAGUUUACUCAGGCUUUGCAGGUGGUGGCUAUUAUGGCGAGUCAGGCUCUGCUGCUGAAUAUGUAUGUUUGCCACCAGAUCCAAAUUAUGUAAAAACUAGUGGUGGAGCAGAUAAUGGUCAUAUGUACGGUGCAGAAUUUAACUCCAACUUUUUUGCUUCGAAUGCUAAUGGCGAGGACGUCCCGUGUGCCUUAUGUAGAACGAAUCAAGCCACAUCUGUGAUAAUGAUUCCCGGUAAGAAUACUUGCUAUAGAGGAUGGACGUUGGAAUAUCAUGGAUACUUGGCAUCGGGAUAUUAUGGUCACAAUGUUGCUUCUGCUUAUGUUUGCGUAGACAUCAAACCAGAAUAUGUUAUGGGAGGCGUGGAUUUUCAUUACGGUAAACUUUUCUUUGAUGUCCUCACAAAAUGUGGAUCUUUGAAAUGUCCACCGUAUAUUAACAAUUAUCCAUUGACCUGUGUAGUCUGUUCUAAGUAA